CGACGAUGACCCUGUUCUUAUCAUCUUCAUCCAUGGCUUCAAGGGCUCGCAGGAGACAACGUUUGCAGACUUUCCCAAUCGACUUGCGCACAUACUCUCGUCAACAAUGUCGCCGGGAACAAAGGUCCUCUGUGAGGUCUUUCCCACAUACGAGACUCGAGGCAAGUUGGAGGCAGCCGUAGAAAGGCUGUCGGAGUGGGUCGUCGAGCGGUGUGCGAGGCUCGAGUCGGAGGAGGAUGAGGACUAUGGGUCAGGGUCAGCGCAGCACGAGCAGGCGCAGCGAUCUGAGGAGAAGCAAGGCCUCGAGUCAAGCCCGAAGAGGGAAAGAAGAAGGAAGAAACGAGCAAAGGUUGUUCUCUGUGGCCAUUCCAUGGGUGGUCUCGUGGCGGUCGAUGCCGCAAUGAAGCUCGAGCAGGCCAGUUGGCCCGCCAUCGUAGGGGUCCUAGCCUUCGAUACGCCGUACUACGGCGUGCACCCGUCCGUCUUCAAAAACACAGCGACAAAGUACGGAGGAUACCUGAAGCAAGCACACUCGGUCGGCUCGCAGGUUCUCCCCCUCGUCUCUUCUUUCUGGGCCGCCAAGGCUGUCACCUCGUCGGCGUCACCUCCCUCUGUCUCACCACAGCAAAGAAUCACGGGAGCAGCAGGCGAGGGCAGUGGACAACAGCAGCCACAAAAGAGUCGAAACUGGAUGUACGCUACGGCGGCUCUGGCUGCCAUUGGCACAGGUGCUGCAGCGACAACGGCCACGUUCUUUGGCACGCCGGCAUACAACUACCUGACGGAUCACUUCCUCUUUGUUUCUCAUCUGUGGGACGAUAAGGCGCUUCGGAGCCGUCUCGAGGCCUUUUCGGAGAAGCAAUGUCGUAGAGGAACAGUCUUUCGAGUCCUCUACAAUAGGUUGCCGCCCUUAGAGCGUGGAAUGCAGCCAAGGACGUUUGUGGUGCUUCCGUCUCAGGACGCUUCCUCGUUUGGCGCAUUUGAGGCCGUCGACAAUGCCAAAGCUUCAGACGAAGUCGAUGCGCAUACCACGAUGUUUUACAGCAGCUCUGCAAGCUACUAUCAGAUGGGCCUCCGGAGCGCACAACUCAUUACGGAGGCCCUCUCCUCAAGAUCGGCUUGGCACCUGGACCCGGACGCCGAGGCAGAAAGGCGUGAGCCCGUUGCGGAAGCGCAAUCGCAAGAUGAACUUCACCUCGACUAGGGAAGAUUAAUAGAAUCCUGGCAUGAACUUGCUCUUACAGACUGCUUUCACAUGUGUACACCAGUAUUUCAUUGCUCUUUCCAGUCCAGACUCAAGUGGCUUCAUGCUCGACCCCAGUAUAAUACAUCAUGUCCAUCGUGCUCGUCGUCGUCGGCGGCGAUAUUCCGCCUCGCGGUAUGCUCUCCUUCUUCAUCGUCGUCGUCGUCAUCAUCCUCUUCAUCCUCCUCUUCAU